AUGAAGAUGCCAUUGAAGAGAAUGGCUGAACCCCAUGGAUCGUCCAUGCUUCACCUGCAGCCUCCUCAUAAGGUGUCGGCCAGAGUUCAUGACCAAACCUACAUGACUCUGAUCGGCAAACACUUAGAUUCAUUGUCGGACGAGUGUGUCGGCAGUGAGGAGCCGGAGUCACUGCCUGAAUGUGGAGAGGAGGAAAUAGGGGUCGAUCUAGGCAUUAAAUCAGAAUCGGAGAAUUGCAACGGAUUCGCAUCGUCUGAAGAGGAGGAUGGGAACGUUUCUGAAGAAAAAACGUUCUUGAGCGACAAGCAACAAAGUCCGAAAAGAACCAUCACACAAAUCAUCAAGGACAAGAAGAAACAAACGCAACUCACCCUGCAAUGGUUGGAGGAAAACUACAUAGUUUGUGAAGGGGUCUGUUUACCCAGAUGUAUCCUCUACGCCCACUAUCUCGAUUUCUGUAGGAAAGAUAAACUGGAACCAGCUUGUGCAGCGACGUUCGGCAAGACGAUAAGACAAAAGUUUCCCCUGUUGACGACGAGAAGACUUGGAACGAGAGGACAUUCAAAGUAUCACUAUUAUGGUAUUGGCAUCAAAGAGAGCAGUGCAUAUUAUCAUUCGGUAUAUUCUGGUAAAGGCUUGACAAGAUUUUCAGGAAGCAAAUUGAAAAAUGAGGGAGGAUUUACUCGGAAGUAUUCACUCAGUUCAAAAACUGGAACUUUGCUUCCUGAUUUUCCCAGUGCACAGCAUCUGAUUCUUCAAGGGCCUAUUUCAAAGGAAAAGGUAGAUAUAUUAAUUAUGAUGUACAAAACACAUUGCCAAUGCAUCCUGGAUAAUGCAAUCAAUGGAAACUUUGAAGAGAUUCAGAACUUUUUGUUGCACUUUUGGCAAGGAAUGCCUGACCAUCUUCUUCCAUUGUUGGAAAAUCCUGUCAUUAUUGAUAUAUUUUGUGUCUGUGACUCCAUACUUUACAAAGUGCUGACGGAUGUCCUUAUUCCAGCGACAAUGCAAGAAAUGCCAGAAAGUUUGCUGGCAGAUAUCAGAAAUUUUGCUAAGCAUUGGGAGCACUGGAUAUCUUUAUCCCUGGAAAAUCUGCCAGAUACUCUAGCUGAGAAGAAGUUGCCCAUUGCACAAAGAUUUGUGGCUUCUCUGAAACGGCAAACUUCAUUUCUGCAUCUUGCGCAGAUUGCCAGGCCGGCUUUAUUUGACCAGACUGUUGUGAAUUCCAUGGUGGCUGACAUUGAAAAGGUGGAUCUAAACAGCAUCAGUUCUCAAGCCCUUCUUGCAGUAUCAGGUGGAGCUGACCAGGAAUUUGAACUAUAUUCUGAUUAUGACUCUAUUACAGUGUUUCAAGAGCUGAAGGAUCUGUUGAAGAAAAAUGCUACGGUCGAAUCAUUUAUUGAAUGGUUGGAUACAGUAGUAGAUCAAAGAGUCAUCAAGCCCAGCAAACAAAAUGGAAGGUCCCUUAAGAAGAGAGCGCAGGAUUUUCUUUUGCGAUGGAGCUUUUUUGGAGCUCGAGUCAUGCAUAAUCUCACUCUCAACAAUGCUUCAAGCUUUGGCUCCUUUCAUCUGAUUCGAAUGCUGCUUGAUGAAUACAUAUUGUUGGCCAUGGAGACUCAAUUUAACAAUGACAAGGAGCAGGAGCUACAGAACCUCCUGGAUAAAUACAUGAAAAAUUCAGAUGUGAGCAAAACGACUUUCACAGCACCACCAAGCUCCUGUUUUCUUGCAAGCCGAAGUAAACAUGCAUUACUUUCUAAUGAUGCCAUGGUAAAAAAUGAAUCUUUGGUAGAGCAGCCAUAUACAUCUCUCUCCACAAGUCAACACAACGUGGCUACCAAUAUAACUUCAUACCCAAAUGCUGAAAACACUGCUCUUCAAAUGGCAGAUCCCAUGGAACUUGCCCACAGUCACGGUCAUGUGAUGACCCCACCUCUAUCUCCAGUGUUGGGCAACAGGGGAAGUGUAAUCAAUCAAGGACCAAUGGCUGUAAGGUCACAAAAUGGCAGCUCAGCUUUAUCCAUCCACACGCAUUGCCACUCGUACCCAGAUUCAUUCUAUCAGACUUUGCCCCAGCCCAGCCAAAACUUCUACGGUACAAACUCCAACUAUCAAACCAUGUUCAGAAAUCAGACUGCUGCAGGUUACCAGCACAGAAUGGAUCCUGGCCGUUUCACUUCUUUCAAUGAACAACCUGUUUCAAGAGACUACUUCAGAAGCUGCGCCAUGUCGCCAUAUAGCUCCAGAUCUCCGUCUAACUUUGGGUCAUCUUCAAAUCCACAGGAAGCACACAAUUUGCAGCUGCUCAACGCUGGCAACUUUAACUUUUUGGGGAAUUCGGUUGCAUGCCAAGGAGCAUCAUUUUCUUCCGCCGGUUCAAAUGGAUACUAUGGCAACAACAAUUACACAGAAUCCCACAGAUUGGGGUCAAUGAUUGACCAACAUGUAUCAGUUAUUAGCAGCGUUAGCAGUAUCAGGUCAGCAGCUGGCUACAACGACAUCCACGAUCCACUCAACAUUUUGGAUGACAGCGGAAGGAAACAUCCAGGGCCUUUCUAUGCCGAUUCAUCACCUUUAGUCUGCCGAACUCCCACAGCUUCACACAUGCAAAGUGUGAUAUCUUCAUCUUCUUCUCAAUGCAUGUACAGUGACUCUGGGCAAUAUAAUUCUCAGGACACACUGGAAACCCGCAGACAAUCUGGGGAGGUGACAAACAUGGUGUCAUCUCUACCCUCGAUCAACACAGUAUUCAUGGGAGCCACCGCUGGAGGAACCUAAAGGGCUUUAUUAAGCAAUCAAAGUUUAAAUAUUCCUAUCAAGCAUAAAAUAUGUCUCAAGCCUUUACUGCUUUAUGGAGUUUCCUGAACAAUACUUCAGGAGUUCGACCAGUCAGUAAAUCCAGGAACUGCGAUAAUAUUUAAAUUGUAUAUUUUUCUAUUUGACUUUGACUUGCAGAAAACCCUGACAUGACUUU